AUGCCUAGUUUGAGUAAUUUCACGCCAUUCGGAUUCGCUCACGUUUUUCCCAUGUCCCUCGCGCCACUUUCCGUAUUGAAAAUAUAUGACUUGUUUUCCUUGAAUUUCAUCCGAGUUCUCUGGUUUUUUGGUCUUCUGUUUCCUUCGAUGCUCUUUCCGACAGUGUUGCCGCCUGGCUCGGUCCUGAUUCACAAGCCUCCGACUGUAAAUGGGCCAAUAUCAGUCUUUCUACUUCCAAUAUUGAUCAAAUCGGGAACGGAUCUGUUAUCGAUUUCUUCAAGUAUGCCAUUCUCACCACCAGCGCCAAUGGAGAAUACCGGUAGGUCUGCAACUCUAAUCCGUCUACCCGCUCCCCUGAGAUUGUUCUACUUUAGGAGUUUUUCUUCAAGCCGCCUUCGCCUUGCGGAGCCAAUUGCAACUAACCCAACGCGGUUAGAAGGAGCUCACUCGGAAAAGUCCGCAGAAGCCGCUAAUCAUAUCGCGGCGCCGUACCAAUCGAAUAAAGCUAUCUCAGGUAUAUCUUGGGGCAACCUGAUUGCCAUGUCUACGACAUCUCUUGCCUGCGUGGGCUACUUGAACUAUCUCCAAACUGUAGCCGUCAAUGCGACAGCUGGGGCACCAUUAAAUAUGCACAUUAUCAUGCUUCUUCCGCGAGUGCCAGCUUUGGACAAUGAGAGGCGGGGAUCACCAACAUCAUCGGUUAACGAAUACCACCUACGACACUGCAUUAUAACUGAUCGAAUGUCACCGUUUCAAUCUUCAAGGACACAACUAGUUAAGCCCCUUGUUGAAGAGAAAUAUAUGGAUGCCAGAAUCCAGAGUUUGGACCUGGCGGAUAAAAUUACGAUGGGAAUGGCGGGGUGGUUUGAGAGAAGAGGGGUUGGAGUGUGGGAUGUAGAGGUUGUCGGAACAGAAGAUGUGGAAGAGUGUGGGAAGGUGCAUGGUAAAGGAAGGGCCGAGAGUGGGAAACAAUAUGACGGCGGAAUUGAGAAGGAAAACGUGAAUGCAAGGAUGAAGAUAGCACGCACGAAUAAGACUCCAAUGCGUACAGAGCAAGGAAGGAAGUCGAUUUAUAUUGGCACUGAGCUCCGUAUAUCGAGAGUGAAACGGACAGCCUAUCAUGAGCUUACCGGGGAAGUCCUGUCGCAGAACGCGCUUCGCGAAAACCCCAACUCCAUAUCCCCUUCGUACGCAUACGUCGCCUCCGAAAGCCCAGCUACAGCCAUUGUCGCCACAGCUCCAACGAUACAAUCUUGUCGAUUGUAUCCUGUAACGAUACAGAGGAGGUACAUAACGAGGAGGAGGAGGUACGUGAAGCGGAAGAGAGCGAGGGCGAUUGCAUCAGUUGUUGAUGGCAUCUUUGGUAGGAUAGAAUAUAGUUGGACUGAGAUGGAUUUGUCAGUUGGCUCGAAUAAGGUUGUGUUUUGUGGUGAUGGAGAGAGAGUGAAGAAGGUAGAGAUGAGUUCGGAGGUGAAAGGUGGGAAAGGAUCUUGGGAAGCUCACAAAAAUGAGGAGAGUGAUAAAGAGUUUGUGGAUAGAUCUCGCAUUGGUGCUACUGUAAAUCCAUUGCUGCCUUCAAUGUUCUUCUCUAUUCUUCUUCUUCUCUACACUUUUCUCCGCAUAGGUUUGCGCCUGAUUUGGAAAUUUGGUGCCUCCUCCGCUAUCCACAUUCGAAUACUUCAGAGGAAAAAAAUGAACAAAAUCGGAAUGUACUCGACCAGUCGGGGAAGCAUAUAUCUCACUGAUAGGCGGAGGCUUGUAGCGACAAAGGGAUAUGGGAAGUUGAAGAAGGGCCACUUAUUCUUUAACGGCUCCACACCCAUCCAUUUCGGAGAUGGGAUCUGGCUGGAAUCAAAUUUUUGGAACCAGGUAACCAGAUAUCGCGGGGCUACACAUACAGCGAAGAACGGCAAGCACUAUGUAUAUAUGGUCAAUUGCACAGUUGCACGAACAGAGCAAUUUACAAAGCCAUCCACAGAUACCAUGGAACCAGGAGGGUGA